ACCAUGGGUAUCCUUUCCAGUUUCCUCUUUUGAAGGGUUUGAAUUGUUUAUAAAUACCCUCUCUGAGUCUGAGAGCCCACGAGACAAUCUCCAUCUCCUUUGGCUUUGCUGUUCUGCAGUGCUUGCUGUCAGGCUUAGCCAGGAACCAUGAGGCUCUGGGUCUGCAUCGCGUUGCUCUCCACUGUUCUCUGUGCAAGUGCUGACAGACCAGGGGCGUUCCAAGGACUAAUCCGAGCUGGACAAUUUGUCCGGGAUGCAGCGGGAGGGACACGGGAUAUGCUCAGAGCAUAUCUAGACAUGCGCGAGGCAAAUUACAUAGGUGCUGACAAGUAUUUCCAUGCCCGUGGGAAUUAUGAUGCUGCCCGGAGAGGACCUGGUGGUGCUUGGGCAGCGAGAGUGAUCAGCGACGCCCGGGAGGGCUUGCAGAGCUUCGGCGGCAGAGGCGCCGAGGACAGCCGGGCGGACCAGGAGGCGAACGCGUGGGGCCGGAACGGCGGGGACCCGAACCGCUACCGGCCCAAGGGGCUGCCCAGCAAGUACUAGCGCUGUACGCCGCUCCUAUCACUGCUCCUUUUGUACAGACAAAUAAAGAAAUCCUCCUGAGAA